CCUGGAGGCACCUACAUCUUCUCAGGAUUCAUGCUCAGCUGUUCGUGAAAGGUUUUCCAGCACCAUUCUGGUGAGCUCUGAUGGAGAACGUAUCCUUCAGCGUCAGCUUUGAGUUAACUCUGGACCCAUUUUUUAUUCCACCUGGUGGAAAGUAUCCCAUCUUUUUCCUGGGCAUUGCUAUCUAUUUAUUUGGUGCGUUCUGCAACCUGACCUUGCUGUCCGUCAUCGUCAUGCAAAGGAACCUCCACAAACCCAUGUAUUUUAUUCUCUUCAGUCUUCCUCUCAACGAUCUGAUAGGAAUCACUGCAAUGCUCCCGAAGGUGCUGUCAGACAUUGUGACUGGGACAAACACAGUCUUUUAUCCUCUCUGUGUUAUUCAGGGUUUCUUGCUCCACAUGUAUGGAGGUGCGGUUCUCUUUAUUCUUGCGGCUAUGGCCUUUGAUCGCUAUGUUGCCAUCUGCCAGCCGUUAAGGUACAAUACUAUUAUGACACCCAGCAAUGUGCUGCUCAUUAUUGUACUGGUUUGGAGUCUUGAUUUUCUCUUGAUCCUACUACUGUUCUCUCUGCAGAUAAAGCUGCCCCGGUGUAGAUCCUCCAUAAUGAAUGUGUUUUGUGACAACCCCUCCCUUCUUAAGCUCACCUGUGGUAAUACUACACUGAAUAAUGUCAUAGGCCUGUUUAACACAGCAGUCAUGCAGAUUAUAAGUUUAUCUGUUCAGAUUUUUUCCUAUGUGAAGAUUCUGAUCACUUGCUUGGUUACAAGGAAGUCUGAAGCUAAGAGUAAGGCUUUGAACACCUGCGUGGCACAGUUGGUCAUAUUCUUCAUAUUUGAGGUUGUAGGAACCUUCACCAUUUUAUCAUACAGACUCAAGAAUGUCUCAGCUGACUUGCAAAAGAUUAUGGGCAUGCUCAUCUUUCUAGUAUCUCCACUUCUGAAUCCAAUUGUUUAUGGGCUGAACGCAAGUGAAAUACGAAUCACUCUAUUGAAAGUAUUUCUCAACAAAGUAUCAGUCUGAACCUAUUAUAAACAUGGUGUGUAAUGACAGUUCACAGUCAGGCCAGAUGUGGGGCAAAGUGUAUUGUUUCUGCUCUGAAGACAUACAACGGAAAUAGUUACAUAAUACUGCCUAUCAGUAGUUCAUCACUACAUCUGUGCUUACAGUGCAUUAUUAAACAAUGCACAUUAUACCAUAGCUUCAAAUCAUCCAUCAAACUAUCAUUUCAACCUCAUGGACUGGCAGUCCCUGAAUCUCCAGACCCAUCUCUCAGUUUACCAAACAAAGUGGCUGGGUCAAGCUGUUGAAAUUAGAGAUUGUGCUUUUGAGUUUAAAGAUGUAUCCCUUCUCCUUACCUUUAUUUAACUUUCAAGUUUAAAAAAAAAGUUUUAAAAUAAAUGUAUUUUCAAUUUAUUCCCAGCUUUAGAAAGCAUUUAGACAUGCUUAAACAUACAAGGUUAAACAAAAAGGUCCAAUAUGGGAUGAGAAAUUAUGUUAAAAGGUGCUAUCUGUGAUUGGUAUAUAAAACAUUUUUAAUGUCAAAUUAAUUAUAUAUACCCAUUGGUUCUUGAAGAAUGCCUCAUUAGCUUAGUUCAAGUGUCUUACCCUGUCACGGAUUCAGCCAAGGCUGCUCCUCCUCCUUGCUCGGGCAGGCUUCGGCGU